AAGUAAUUAAGUUCAAUUAAAACCCCCAUAAACCGAGACUCAGCCGCUUCUUCUUCUUCUUCUUCUUCUUCAACAACAACAACACUACUUUCGGCUGCCCAAAUGCAAUAACAAUGCAGUUCAUCUUCCGCCAAAAACCACACUCUCAAAUUCAAUCCCAGCAGCAGCGCCGAACCUUGGUGGGGGAAACCGCAGCCAAAUGGGUCAGAGACCGAGGCCUCGACCACGCUGUGGAGAAGGAGAAGCACUUGAAACCCCUUCUCAACCUCAAGAACUUGCUCGUCUCCGAGCCUUCGAAGUCUGCACCCAUCUCCAUCAUCACCCAGAAACGUGACUCCCUCCAAAUACCAUUCCGCCCCAUCGAUUUCAUCCGCAAAUACCCUUCCGUUUUCGACGAGUUCCUCCCCGGCGGCGUCGGAGUUUUGCCCCACGUCCGCCUCACCGGGGAGGCGUUGAACCUCGACGCCGAACAACACUUGGUUUAUCAGAGCGAUACUUAUAAGAAGCAGACUGCCGAUCGGCUCUUGAAGCUCUUGAUGAUAUCAAAAACCAACAAAAUCCCACUUAGCAUCAUCGAAUGCUUGAAAUGGGAUUUGGGUCUUCCUCAUAAUUAUGAAAAAACCAUAGUUCCGGAGUUCCCUGACUAUUUUCGAGUCGUAGGUGGCAGAGACGAAGAAGAUGGUGUUUUGGAGUUGGUUUGUUGGAGUGAUGAGCUUGCGGUUUCGGUUAUGGAAAAGAAGGGUUCUAUUGCAUUCCCUAUGCAAUUCUCGAGAGGUUUUGAGAUGGAUAAGAAGGUGAAGAAGUGGGAAGAUGAGUGGCAGAAGUUGCCUUACAUUUCUCCAUAUGAGGAUGCUUCUCAUCUUCUGCCAAAGAGUGAUGAAUCGGAUAAGUGGGCGGUCGCGGUUUUGCAUGAGCUGCUUCAUAUUCUUGUGCCAAAGAAGACUGAGAGGGAUAAUUUGCUGUUGCUUGGAGACUAUUUGGGGCUUCGGUCGAGGUUUAAGAGAGCGUUGCUUCAGCACCCGGGUAUAUUUUAUAUGUCCACUAAGAUUGGAACCUACACUGUGGUUUUGAAGGAGGGUUACAAGAGGGGUUUGCUAGUUGAGGAUCAUCCGUGGAUGCAAAUGAGGAAUCGGUAUAUUCACCUCAUGAACAUGGUGAAGGAAGGUGGUAAACCGGCGGUUAGUGUGCCGGGUGGAAGUAAUGAAAAGAAAAAGCAGACAGGUAUUGAUGAAAAGGAGAGAGCAGAGGGAGAUGAAAGUGGGGAAGAAUAUGAAGGGGCGUUGUCUGAUUCGUCUGAUGCUGAGGUCGAGGAUGCUAGUGACGAUGAGUAUGAUGAUGAAGAUGAAAACGAGAGUCGGAGAGGUGUUCGAAAAAAUGUUGCAGAGAAUAGAGGAAGAAAAGCUAGGAAAAUGAAUUUGGAUGUGAAGGGGCCUUCUAGAAAAUCUGAGUAUGAUGAUGAUGAAGAUGGAAACAAGAGUCAGAGAGGUGUUCGAAGAAAUGUUGCGGAUAAUAGAGGAAGAAAAGCUAGGCAAAUGAAUUUGGAUGUGAGGGGGGCUUAUAGAAAAUCUGAGUACAAUGAUGACGAAGAAGGAAACAAGAGUCAGAGAGGUUUUCGAAAAAAUGUUGCAGAUAAUAGAGGAAGAAAAGCUUGGAAAAUGAAUUUGGAUGUGAGGGGGCUUUCUAGAAGAUCCGAGUAUGAUGAUGAUGAAGAUGGAAACAAGAGUCAGAGAGGAAGAAAAGAUUGGAAAAUGAAUUCGGAUGUGAAGGGUUCUUCUAGAAAAUAUGAAAUCGAAAGGGAAGCUGGAAAAAGACCUCGAAAGACGAAGGAAGAAGUUCCAUCAAGAACUAAGAUGCAUGAUGGGAAUAAUGCCUUGGUGAGUUCACGUGAGAGGUCAAGUGUACCUAAACGCAGAGGGAGGUCAUUGCCAGACAAGAGGACUUCUACAUAGUGAUGAUUCUGAGAACUUGCUGCAACAACAUGUAAGCAGGUUAUGGUUGGUGGUGAUCACUCAGGUCAUUGUUGGGUGUUGGCUUUCUUGGCAAAUGUUGACUGAUGCAUGAUGCAGCUUGAAAUAGAGGGUGGUCAGAUCAGGCAUUUACUGGUAUGGUUAUCUUGAAGAAGGGGAGCCAGUUCACAUAUUUGAAUUUCAAUUUUGGUGACUUCACCGAAGCAAGCAGAUCAGAGGAUUAUGCUAUCUCAGAGAAGCCAUCUUCUGGGAAAAGACUUCCUGAAAUUCCAUAAGUAUUGGUGGAUGCUAGGGCUGUUUUGCAUGAUAUUAGUGAUGAAAAGCAUGGCAACUAGGAAGUCAAUACAAUUUUGGAGGGCAUCUUGCAGGUUUUGGGUUUUUUAAGAAGUUAUGAAUUUUGUAAAUUUUUCCUAGAAUGGUUGAGAUUCUUGCUCAUGAGGCAGCUAGAGCUUCUUAUGUUUUUCAGACAAUACAUUAUUGUUCGUUUGUUGUUGUUGUAAGAAGUAGGGCUUUUAAAUGUGGAGCUUUAGUAGUAGAGCUUUUACGGUAUA